AUGUACGUCUACAAACGAGGUACGUAUAUCAGCUCUUCCCCUGCUACAAGACCUGGAAGUGGUCCCAAGGACUUCAAACAUGAUUGCCACCACUCUCGAACAAAGAUGUCAUGCUCUCGCCUGCUAUAUCACGACUAACGCGUUUCUCAGAUGGCCGCAAGGAGCGUGUUCAGUUCGACAAGAUCACCGCUCGUGUAUCGAGGCUCUGUUAUGGCCUCGACCCAGACCAUGUUGACGCGGCUGCCAUUACCAUGAAGGUCAUCAACGGCGUCUAUCAGGGCGUGACUACCAUUCAGCUCGACGAUCUGGUAAGCCACGCGACACGAGACGAACGCGAUGUAUGUCGAGUACUAACGUUCCCUCCAGGCUGCCGAGACCGCCGCAUAUAUGACUGUCACACACCCCGACUACGCCAUCCUCGCUGCGCGUAUCGCCGUCUCCAACCUCCACAAGCAGACCAAGAAGCAGUUCUCGGCCGUCGUCACCGACCUCUACGAAUAUGUCAACCCAAAAACGAGGAAGCCGGCACCGAUGAUCUCGGAACAUACAUACAAUGUGGUCAUGAAGCAUGCGGAUGAGCUGAACUCAGCCAUCGUCUACGACCGUGACUUCCAGUACCAAUAUUUUGGUUUCAAGACGUUGGAGCGAUCAUAUCUUCUCCGGAUCAACGGCAAGGUUGCCGAGCGUCCACAACAGAUGAUCAUGCGUGUUGCUGUCGGUAUUCAUGGAGAUGAUAUUGAGGCCGCCAUCGAGACAUACAAUUACAUGUCGCAGAAGUACUUCACACACGCGUCCCCAACGCUAUUCAGCGCCGGUACACCCCAGGCUCAGCUUGCCUCCUGCUUCCUCAUCGACAUGAAGGAUGACAGCAUUGAUGGCAUCUACGACACACUCAAGAUUUGUGCCAUGAUCUCGAAGAACGCAGGCGGCAUUGGACUCAAUGCCCAUCGCAUUCGUGCCACUGGAUCCUACAUUAGCGGAACCAACGGAACCUCCAACGGCCUGGUUCCCAUGCUCCGUGUGUUCAACAACACUGCUCGCUACGUCGACCAAGGUGGCAACAAGCGCCCCGGUGCUUUCGCCAUCUACCUCGAGCCGUGGCAUGCUGAUGUCCUUCCCUUCCUGGACCUCCGUAAGAACCACGGAAAGGAAGAGGUUCGCGCGCGUGAUCUCUUCUACGCCUUGUGGAUUCCAGAUCUAUUCAUGAAGCGUGUCGAGGCGAACGCCGACUGGACUCUCAUGUGUCCCAACGAGUGCCCUGGUCUUGCUGAUGUCUACGGCGACGAGUUUGAGGAAUUGUACGAGCGUUACGAGCGGGAAGGCCGUGGUCGUGAGACCGUCCGUGCCCAAAAGAUCUGGUAUGCCAUUCUGGAGGCACAGACCGAGACUGGCAACCCCUUCAUCCUCUACAAGGACGCUGCCAACCGCAAGAGCAACCAGAAAAACCUCGGCACGAUCCGCAGCUCGAACUUGUGCACUGAGAUUAUUGAGUAUACCGCUCCCGAUGAGGUCGCAGUCUGCAACCUUGCAUCGCUUGCUCUGCCAACCUACGUUGACAUCGAAAAUGAGGUCUUCGACUUUGAGAAGCUGCAUGAGGUCACCAAGGUCGUCACCAAGAACUUGAACAAGAUCAUUGAGAUCAACCACUAUCCUGUGCCAGAGGCUAGGAAGAGCAACUUCCGUCACCGGCCUAUUGGCCUGGGUGUCAACGGUCUCGCUGAUGCGUUCUUGGCUCUUCGUAUGCCUUUUGACUCGCCCGAGGCUCGCCAAUUGAACAUUAAGAUCUUCGAGACAAUUUACCACGCCGCUCUUGAGGCGUCAUGCGAGCUUGCUGAGAAGCUUGGCGCAUACGAGACGUACGAGGGCUCGCCUGUCUCUCAAGGCGAACUUCAGUACGACAUGUGGGGCGUGACUCCUACCGACCUCUGGGACUGGGCUUCUUUGAAAGCCAAGAUCGCCCAGCACGGUGUUCGCAACUCUCUAUUGGUUGCUCCCAUGCCGACUGCGUCGACUUCUCAGAUCAUGGGCUUCAACGAGUGCUUCGAGCCAUACACCAGCAACAUCUACUCUCGUCGUGUCCUGGCUGGCGAGUUCCAGGUUGUCAACCCAUGGCUGUUGAAGGACCUCGUUGACCGCGGUCUGUGGUCUGAGAACAUGAAGAACCGCAUCAUUGCCGAUGGCGGUUCCAUCCAGCGCAUCCCCAACAUCCCCGAUAACCUUAAGGGCCUUUAUAAGACUGUCUGGGAGAUCAGCCAGCGCAACAUCGUGCAGAUGGCCGCCGAUCGCGGUGCCUUCAUCGACCAGUCGCAGAGCUUGAACAUCCACAUGAAGGAGCCUACCAUGGGCAAGAUCACGAGCAUGCAUUUUACUGGCUGGAAGCUCGGCCUCAAGACUGGCAUGUACUACCUACGUACGCAAGCUGCAUCGGCUCCCAUUCAGUUCACUGUCGACCAGGAGAUGCUGAAGGUCGCUGAUACCAACGUCGGCAAGGCUGUCGGCUCCAAGAAGAGAAACACCUCCGGCGCCUAUAAUGCUGUCAGCUCUCCUAAGCCACAAUCUCCCAAACCAAUGUUCGAGAAGAAGGAGCUCGAGGCGCCUACACCUGAGGUGCCGGCGGAUGUCGUUACUCCCGCCACCACGCCCCCACCUCGACCAGAGGCAAAGAAGCGGACAUUUGGACGCACCUCGUCGGCUGUCGUCAACCCAAGCUUCCCUGCCGAUCAAGAUGAGGGCGAGAGCCCAGAGGUGCUGGCCAUUGACGGCGUCAACGCUGUGCCCAAGGAGGAGCAACUCCCCGAACCGGCGCUCAAGGAGAAGGAGGGUCAAGAGGAGGACAAGAAGGACUCCAGUGAUAACCGCGAGGGUGACAUAUAUGCUGAGGCCGUGUUGGCUUGCAGUAUAGAGAACCCAGAAUCCUGCGUGAUGUGCAGUGGUUAA